AUGACUUCAGAGGGGGCCCGGAUAACUCGCUGGCUGCAGUUGCAGGACACCGCUACACAACAAGGCCCGCUGCUUAGUCCGGGGAAUGAAUUUCCUCUGAGAACACUGCCCUCCCUGCCCUCCGCCAGCUCCCUCUCCGACCUGGCUUCGGAUGACGGCCGCAGAGUCUCGCACCGCACCAACAUUGCGAAACUCAUCCACCCGCCCACCCCUACCAUGACGGAUGAGCACACGGCCGCUCGCAGACGUUCCUCCUCGCUCGCCGGCGCCACCCUGCCCACCAAGACAGACCUGAAGAAACACCGCCGCCGCCGUUCCGACCACAUUGCCGAAGAAGGAGAGGAGUCCUCCUCGGGUGCAGACCGCUCCGACUCAGAGUCCAGUGACAGCGCCGACGACGACGACAUGAGCGCCGACGGGCUCGAAGACGACGAGGAGACGGGCCUCACCAAGCGCGACAGGCGGAGACGCCGGAGAAGAAAGAGGCGGAACACGCUGCUCGACCAGCGCAUCGUGCCGGAUGAUACAUACACAAAGGAGGAGAAGAAGCUCGCCGACCAGAACUUGCUCAAAUCGAUGCUAGUCAAUGGAGUUCUGAUAUGUCUAUGGUACCUCUUCUCGAUAUCCAUAUCCGUCUACAACAAGUGGAUGUUCAAGGAAGCCAAGGGCGACGGCGAGACCAAGAACAUCUUUCCCUUUCCGCUAUUUACGACAUGUCUGCAUAUGAUAGUCCAGUUUACGCUCGCGUCGCUCGUCCUAUUCCUAAUACCCUCCCUCCGACCGCGACACGAUUCCCUUAACCCACACGCUGCCGGCUCGCGCGUAGAGCCGGUCGACCCCAAGAAGCCGCUCAUGACCAAGUGGUUCUACUUCAGCAGACUCGGGCCGUGUGGUGCAGCCACUGGCAUGGACAUUGGCCUGGGCAACACGAGCUUGAAGUUCAUCUCGUUGACAUUUUUCACUAUGUGCAAGUCAUCUGCACUCGGCUUCGUCCUCAUCUUUGCCUUCCUCUUCCGCCUCGAACAACCCUCCUGGCGACUCGUAUUCAUCAUACUCAUCAUGACCUGCGGUGUCGUCAUGAUGGUAGCCGGCGAGGCUGCCUUCCACACCCUCGGCUUCAUCCUCGUCAUGGUCUCGGCCUGCUCGUCCGGCUUCCGCUGGUCGCUGACCCAGAUCCUGCUCCUUCGCAACCCCGCGACAGCGAACCCAUUUUCCUCCAUCUUUUUCCUCGCACCCGUCAUGUUCAUCAGCAUACUCAUUCUCGCGAUACCCGUGGAAGGCUUCCCCGCGCUCAUGGAGGGUCUUUCACAACUUUUCGAAGCCAGGGGCGCCGGCCUCGGCAUUGGCAUUCUUUUGUUCCCGGGCGUCCUCGCCUUUCUUAUGACCGCCUCCGAAUUCGCUCUGCUGAAGCGCACUUCAGUCGUCACCCUUAGCAUUUGUGGCAUUUUCAAAGAGGUCGUCACGAUUGGGACUGCGAACCUUGUAUUCAAGGACCCCCUUACGCCCAUCAACCUGACUGGGCUUGUCGUCACGAUUGGCAGCAUCGCGGCAUACAACUACAUGAAGAUCAAGAAGAUGAGAGAAGAGGCGCGGAUGAACGCACAUCUCCAGAAUCAGGAGACGUAUGCGCCCGUCAACACCGUGGAUCCAUUGGAGCGCGACCGAAGAGGCAGCGUCGUCGUGCGGCCAGGACAAGGCAUCGUACGCAACAGUCUCCAACUUGCGCCCGGGCUAAGCGGGGCAUCCGUAUCUGAGAGCCCGGCGAGAGCAAGUCCGAUCAAGACUGCACGGGACACUGAGUAG